GGCGGAGAUAAGAUCACAUCUCAUUGACUCCAAGAUCAACAAGUUCAAAAUACGAUACGUUCAGUGGCGCCCAUAUCGGCCAUCAAGAUUGUACAGUGACCAAACACGACUCGGACCAACUUUCUUUUCUGGACAGAAAAUUCAAAACACAUCAGGCAAAAUGUCGUCAGAAAACCUAUUCCCCAGGCCGCCAUACGACGCCCAACUGGUCCCGGCCUUGGACCGCAUGACGGCUUACCCGCGAGCAAGGGAUGGCAUAGUCCACGGGCGACAACUACGAGCGACCGCAAUGGCACCUAUGCAAGCAGCGAUACGAAAUGACGAAGACCUAGUAGUAGAGGACCGCAAAAUUGCCGGGCCCGACGGAGAGAUCCCCAUAGUCAUCUUACAGUCCCGGAACCCAAAGACGGCAAGCGGCCAACAUCCCGGCAUCGUAUUCUAUCACGGCGGCGGCAUGGUACUCGGCGACGCCUUUCUUGGUAUUCAGCCGUUCGCGCGCAUGGCAAAGGACUUUGACGCCGUUGUCGUCAGCAUAGAGUACCGCCUGGCACCAGAGCACCCGGCACCCGCGCCGCAGGACGACUGCUACGCGGGUCUCCUCUGGACGAGCGAGCACGCGCAGGAGCUGGGCAUCGACCCCGCGCGCCUCAUGAUCGCAGGCGUCUCGGCGGGCGGCGGUCUCGCGGCUGGAGCGGCACUGAGGGCGAGAGACACGAGCGGGCCGAAGCUCUGCGCGCAGCUGCUCGUAUAUCCCAUGCUCGAUGACAGGGACACGGGCAUGUCCAAGAAGCAGUUCAGGGACGACAAAUGCUUUGACGCGCUGGAUAACAACGCUGCAUGGGGCUGCGUCUUGGGUGAGAAGGCAGGCGUGGAGGGCGCGGAUGUGAGUCCCUAUGUCGCGCCGGGCAGGGCAACGGACCUCUCCGGACUGCCGCCGGCGUACAUCGACGUCGGGACUGCGGAGCCGUUCAGGGAUGAGAACGUGGCGUAUGCUACGAAGCUAUGGGAUAGCGGUGUGCAGGCGGAUCUGCAUGUCUGGAGUGGUGGAUUUCACGGGUUCGACUUGCUGGGUCUUGCUGUAGGAUCAGAUGUCGCCAAGGCUGCUCUCGAGACGAGAAUGGGAUGGGCCAGGAGAAUAUUUGGCGCGCACUAGAUGUUUGAUACUAGGUCACGAUCAGGUAGGAUAACCAUAAAGGAAGAAUUGCAUGAGGUCAGUAUGCUCGUUGUUCACCCAUCGGUUGCCAAGCCUCUUGACUGCGUGUCGUCCCAAACUUGAGCCGCCUCCUGUCUGCAAACCGCUCAAUCCAGGGGAAACUCCUUAUCCCAUCCGGACCACCGGUUGACUUCAAGGAGGCAGAGAAAGAACACCAUCUGCGAAUGCUUGCUUCGCUGGUGAAACGGAUAACAAGAGCCCGUUAUCAAGAAAGCUGAAAGAGCUUGCAGAAACGCAGCUACAACUUCACAAUGAACUCGACUCAGCCACCUAUCUGAUGGCCACUGAAACAGUCUGACCUUAUUUCGGAUACGGAAAUCGUGCUGC